CCUCCUCCUCCAUCCGUCUGUUUAAAAGCGGAUCGCUUUCCCCCUCUGCGCCGGGUUGAGAGAUCUCCAGAGCGCUGCUCCAUCUCUCUGUGCGUCUCUUUCCCGCCUUUUCUUCUCCUGAGGGAAAAUGAAGCGCCUCUCUUUCCUCCUGCUGUUAUUAGCGGCCCUGACGGAGGCCCAGCUGCACGGGCGCCGCUUCGAGGACCGAGCCGCGCCUUGCCCCGACCGCUGCGACCGCUCCCGCUGCCCCGAGCUGCCCGCGGACUGCGCCGGCAGCCCCGCGCUCGACCCCUGCGGCUGCUGCCCGGUCUGCGCGGCCCAGGAAGGGGAGCCGUGCUGGGCGACGGCGGGCGGAGAGUUGCCCUCCUGCGCCGAGGGCCUGCUCUGCGUCCUCUCCCCCGGCGAAGGAGGCGCCCCGGCCUCGGCCACCGUGCGCAGGAGGGCCAAGGCCGGCCGCUGCGCCUGCGCCUCCCCGGAGCCCGUCUGCGGAUCCGACGGCGAGACCUACACCAGCCUGUGCCAGCUCCGCACCGCCAGCCGCCGCUCCGAGGGACACGGGCAGCCCGCCCUCAUCGCCAUCCAGAGAGGACCCUGCAGCCACGGCCAGGAAGAUCCCAAUAGCUUGCGGCACAAAUACAACUUCAUUGCAGAUGUGGUAGAGAAGAUCGCCCCGGCUGUUGUUCAUAUUGAAUUGUUUCGCAAGCUGCCUUUUUCAAAGAGGGAAGUUAUUGUUGCCAGUGGCUCAGGAUUCAUUGUUUCUGAAGAUGGAUUGAUAGUUACUAAUGCCCAUGUGGUUACCAAUAAAAACAAAGUAAAAGUGGAACUGAAGAAUGGUGUCACAUAUGAAGCUAAAAUUAAAGAUGUCGACGAAAAAGCAGAUAUUGCACUAAUAAAAAUAGACACUCAGGGGAAACUACCAGUCCUAUUGCUUGGGCGUUCGGCAGAGUUACGUCCUGGUGAAUUUGUGGUGGCCAUUGGAAGUCCAUUUUCUCUUCAGAAUACAGUGACUACGGGGAUUGUUAGCACAACUCAACGGGGAGGCAAAGAACUGGGACUCAGAAACUCUGAUAUGGACUAUAUCCAAACAGAUGCAAUUAUUAAUUAUGGAAACUCUGGAGGACCUCUGGUAAACCUGGAUGGCGAAGUGAUUGGCAUUAAUACCCUGAAAGUCACUGCUGGGAUCUCCUUUGCAAUUCCAUCGGACAAAAUUAAAAAAUUCCUUACUGAGUCACACGAUCGACAAUCCAAAGGGAAAGCUGUAACAAAGAAGAAAUACAUUGGCAUACGAAUGGUAUCUCUCACUCCUAGUAAAGCUAAAGAACUGAAGGAACGCCAUAAAGACUUCCCUGACGUUAUUUCCGGAGCCUAUAUUAUUGAAGUAAUUCCAGGCACGCCAGCUGAGGCUGGGGGCCUGAAAGAAAAUGAUAUCAUUAUAAGCAUCAAUGGAAAACCCAUACUCUCAGCCAAUGAUGUCAGUGACAUUAUCAAAAAGGACAAUACGCUCAGCCUGGUGGUACGCCGAGGCAAUGAAGACAUUAUUCUAACAGUGAUACCUGAAGAAAUUGAUGAUUAAGUUGAAACAUGAGCUGGAUUUCAUGUUCUCUGUAAAAGAGCAAGCAAUGGACUGUUUAUAUUAUCUCUGUGCUGGUACAGGAAACAGUAGACUUUUGGCCAACAAUCUACAUGUGCAGUGGAACUGGUUUGGCCAAUAAAAUAAUUUUCAUUUAGGUUGAAGGCAAAAAAAAUCCAAACACCUAUGCAAAGUGCAAGAUACUUCUGCUGUUCUUAAUAUAUGCUAUGUAAUAUCUACUGGCUCCACCUCUCACUAUACCUUCAGUGGUCAACAUCUGAUUCUGUGCUGCAUUUUAUUUCUACUAUGAACUUUCUGAAAGUAGAAUGACUGCUAAACCAUACAGUACAAUGCUAAGUCUUUCUAUAGCUCGAUUCUUCCUAAAAAUACAGUUGUUAAAAGAAAGAUAUCUAACAUUUGUGGGAAUACUGACUCGUGUACACACACAAUCCCAAAGACCUUUGCUUAAUGACUCCAUGCUGAUUUUUUUUUAAAAAAAAUACUGUAUUUUCCUAGUUGAAUUAAAAUAAUUCUAACAGUG